UCUUGCGUCUCUCCCACAAUGUCAGGGAGAGACCCUACCUUUACAAGAAUGAGCUGGCGAUGAUGUUCACGGAGGAGGAUGAGGAGGAGUAUGAGAGGGAGAAGGAGGCGGAGAGGGAGGCAGCGAGAGAGAGGGAGGAGAAGAGGAGGCAGUGGAAGCAGAAGAAGAAGCAGCCGAUGGUGGUGGCGCAAGCCCCUGACCAGCAGGAAACAAAAUCCCCAAUGGAGCGUCUCAAAGAGGGUAUGGAUACCGAGCUGCGACUUUUCGCGGGCCACCGUGGAUACUGGCAAGAUACAAACACCAGCAAGACCGGACAGUGCGGCCGGUUCCAAGAUAAAACCACUUUGAGUCCUAUGCAGUUUACACACUACACACCCGGUAUCACCCUGCCCCCUGCUGCUGUCACUGGGACAACCGUGCAGAUCUACUCCUUAAAAAUUACUCGACUGCACAAUGACCUCAAGUGGCCACUCUAUGUCUACGGCGAGGUCGCUGCCCGGGACACCGUGGACCGCAACCGCAACCUUCUCUUCUGUCGGUCAAAGUUUUAUGGCCAAGUACUCGCUGAAAAUGACUCUUCCCUAUGCUUGACUGGCCCUUCUCGUGCAAUUGUAGCCGAGGAUCCUGUUGACUUUGAAGUCAAACUAAGAAUUAUUGAGGGCGAUGAUGAGAUCAAAGACAGAGUAUUGAUGAGUCUUAGCAAGCGUUACGACGGUUCAGAACAACCUUUAUGCUUCCAUGGCUCCAUGUGUAGUGCAGAGUUGAGCCUUGGGCGACUUGCUGCAACAGUCCAGGCAACUAUCGUGGGGGUUCAUAUUGGUAAAGGGGGGUGGCCUUUUGAAUGCGGAGGCCGAGUUACUUGCACCUCGUAUUCUGCAGAGCUUGAUGAUCACUCAUGUGAUGAAGUUGUUUUGCUUGACUCCGCUGAAAAAAUUCCUGAAGAUGGUUUAGAUGGGUAUAUUUCUCUUUCAAGGAGCGUUGUGUCAGUACAAUUGCAAGGACGGUUGAAAGUUAGCAUACAAGGCAUACGAGCAUACGGGGAAUCUGAUCCUCCAGUCAAUGUUGACUUCCAUCCCCAGGAUUGCAACAUAAGUAUGGGUAGUUGUUUCGUCUGUGGCACUAAGGUGGACAUCACGGUUGCUUGGUCCCGGAUUGUCCGGGACAAGAUGGAUUUACUAAUUGAGGGUUAUUCUACCCAGGCGUAGUGUGCUGUCUUGCCCAUCUAAUCUAUUGGCUAGUGGUAUGUUAUUUGUAUGUCGGCCAGCUAUGCAAGUAGGAUGAUGUCCCAACUAUUUGUGUAUUUCUCUCUAUUGUGUUAUCUGAUCGGACUAUAACUUAUUGUACUAUGCUAUUUGUGUAUCGACUUU